AUGUCGUCCUCGGAAGGAGCGCCCGAAUCAUGGAUUUCGUCCUUUUGUUCGCUCAUGGGUCACGAAUAUUUCGCGGAGGUGUCGGAAGAUUUUAUUGAAGACGAUUUCAACUUGACGGGCCUGCAAUCGCAGGUGCCCAUGUACAAAGAAGCUUUGGAAAUGAUUCUAGAUGUCGAGCCAGAGGAUGAUGACGAGGAGGAAGAGGAGGAGGAAGAAGACGAUGACGAGGAUGAGAUUCUGGGGGAUGAGAAACCGUUAGGGUAUCGCAGAGCCGGCGAUCGAAAACAUAUGCGGGUGGCUAGUGAUCUCAGUGUUAUUGAGAGCUCUGCUGAGCUGCUGUAUGGAUUGAUUCACCAACGGUAUAUCACAUCGCGUCCAGGAAUCCAGCAGAUGCUUGAGAAAUACGAGGUCCAUCAUUUUGGAGUUUGUCCACGAGUGAAUUGCAAUGGGUGCAAGGUUCUUCCUGUCGGUCGUACUGAUACCCCUGGCCAGGAAACUGUCAAGUUAUUUUGUCCCAGCUGCUAUGACAUCUACACACCCCCAAACAGCCGGUUUCAGUCCGUUGAUGGAGCCUUCUUUGGGACGACGUUCGGCUGUCUUUUCUUCAUGACAUUCCCAGAGUUGGAUGUGGGGGGAAACCGAGCAGAAAGCAUCCUAUCUCCAGCUUCACUGAGCGCUGGAACGACGAACCAAUCGCGAUCGUCGUCUCUGACUUCAUCAAUUGCUCUGACCGCCCCGACCCAGGAGCAGCCGCCAAACCAACCAGCUCAGAUCAACGGCAUGUUGACGUCAAAUUUUGGACCGGGAUUAGGCCCGGGCAAGAUCUAUGAGCCGCGAAUUUACGGAUUUCGAGUUUCAGAGCGCGCCAAAUCCGGACCUCGGAUGCAGUGGCUGCGCAUGAAACCGCUUGACAUUAACCAACUGGAUGAAUCAGCUCUAUACCACUCUAUCCGGGGAGGCGACGAGGAUGAAGACUACCACGAUGGUGACACUGAAAUGGCAUCGGCCCCGGCUGGCUCACAGCAAUCCGUGAUUGACAUGAGGAGGAAAGCGCCGAUGCGAAAACGUAGACAUAUUCCUCCUAACGAUGAGACGAAUGGAGGGGAGGGGGGCUAA